UCACCAUGUGGUAAAUCCCAUCAGUGAUGCCGGUCCUCAGCAUAAUAACCAGAUGCUUGAGACAUUCUUUCCCACCAGUUUGUCUAAGGAAAUAUAAGGAAAUCUGUCUUACCCGACACAGCGAUUAAAACCCGACUGUCUGCUGACAGGUGAGCUUCACCUCUCCUCUCAAUGGAGCUCCAGCAGUUCAGCGCUCAAGCACACACAGCGGAGGACCAGACCUCAUCACGGGUGAAGAAACAUCUCCACAAACACAGCCUCAAGCGUCGGUUUGAAGUGCUGGAGACGCUGGGCAGGGGCACCUACGGAAAGGUCAAGCGCGCGGUGGAGAGACAGUAUGGAAAGACGGUGGCUAUUAAAUCCAUUAGAAAAGAGAGACUGAGGAAUGAUCUGGACAGAGCUCACAUCCAGAGAGAAAUUGAAAUCACCUCUUCUCUGGUGCACCCAAAUAUCAUCCGACUGUAUGAGGUGUUUGAGAGCAGAGAGAGGAUAGUGAUGGUGAUGGAGUAUGCGAGUGGAGGGGAGCUGUAUGAAUACAUUCAGGACAAACAGAGACUUUCGGAGGAUGAGGCCAGACACUUCUUCAGACAGAUCACCUCUGCUGUGCAUUACUGCCAUCAGAAUGGUGUGGUUCAUCGAGACCUCAAACUGGAGAAUAUACUUCUGGACAAAGACUUAACUGUGAAGUUAGCUGAUUUCGGCUUGUCCAACCGCUACAUGAGAGGCCGGUGUCUGGACACUUUCUGUGGGAGUCCACUGUACGCAUCACCAGAGAUCAUCAAUGGACUGCCAUACCACGGCCCUGAGGUGGACUGCUGGUCUCUUGGUGUGCUGUUAUAUGCUCUGGUUUAUGGCUCAAUGCCAUUUGACGGUACAAAUUACAGCAUCCUUAAAGAGCAGAUCCGCCAUGGACUAUACAAGACCCCAAAUAUCCCAUCAGAGGCCUGUUCAUUGAUCGAAUGGAUGCUCACAGUGAAAGUAGAAGACCGGGCCACUGUUGAAGACAUUGCCAGCCACUGGUGGCUGAACCUAAACCGUCCCAGACUCCCAGAUACAGCAUUCUCAAGAUUCACAGAGAGUAAACCGUGUGCCUCCACAUUACCCAGGAAGAAACCAAAGGAAAGGGCGUUCGCCACAAACAGCAACUCUUUUCUGCUGUCAGCCAUUGAAUCGUCUACCCACAACCAGCCCAUGAAACAUCCAAAGAAGGGCAUCCUAAAGAAGCGCUACACUCAGGUUGAGUAUACAGACAGGUCUGGGUUUACUGGAACCAGUGAAGACAUGGACAGAAUAGGCACAGAUAACGGUAGGAGGAGGAAGGGUAUACUUAAGUGUAACGGAAAGUUCUCCGGUGUUUCUCCAAACACAUUGGCUCCUACAUGGUCAUAUGGUUUCAGCAAACCUAGCUAUGUCUGUGAUGGAGGAGAACAGCAGGAGAUGGAGUUUGAGAUCAAGAUCUCCCUGCGGAAAAUACAGGAGUCUACAGGACUGGAGUUUCCCCAGAAUAGAUAUUUUGGUAAGGGAUGCUGACUAUGAAGACAGUGAAAUUGAAUUACUAGUAAACAUUCAUUUUGGCAUUAGAUAGCAUUUUCCCUAAUUCACAUUUUUGUAGUUAAAUUGAGACAAUAACAGGACAAUGUAUAAUGUUAUUUAAAGGUUUACUCACUUUUUUGGCCCACAAAACAUUUAUUAUGUGUUACAUUCCAGAAUUGUGGGUACAUUAAGCUUUUUCCAUAAUUUUUCCUUUAAAAAAAUUGAUAAUGUACAGUAAACUUAAUCCGUUAUUUAUACAAUUUCAUUCUGUUACUAAUUUAUGUUAUUUUCAUCUAUAACAGUUGACAGUAACAGAGCCACCAUCAUUUUGUGCUUUAGCUUAAGAUUCUAACCUCAAACCAGAUGCAUAAAGAUUGUCUUAAAGCUGAAUUUUCAUUAUAUUAUUGUUUUUAAAAAGUGAAAUAUCACAGUAACAGUUGACAAAUAAUUAAUAUAUUAAAUAAUAUGCCUCUAUACCUUCCAGGAUUUCAUUACAUGACAUUAUUAUUUGUUUUUCUCUUAUUACUCAUUAAAAAAAAUGUACCUGCAAUUCUAGAAGUGCUUGUGUACAUGAAUGCAAACACUUAAGAUUUCUAAUUUUAGAUGAAAAUGAUGGCAUAAACAGCCCUUUAUAUAGCAUUCAUGUAGGUUAAUGUUAGUUUCUAAAAAUACUGUUGUUCAUAGUUCUUAUUUUACAAAAAGUUUUCAUUUAACAUAAACAAUAAACUACAUCUAUAGCACUUAAUGUUUUCCGAUUAGUGUUCAUUUCUGCUUGAUAAUACAUAUUUUAAUUGUGAACUAACAUGAAUAAUGAUUAAGAAAUUCUGUACAAAUAUAUUCCUCAUAUAAAUGUUAGCUAAGGGUCAGUUAAAAUGAACCUUACAGCAUAAUGGUAAUUAAUUAAACAUUAUUGUAAAGUCUUGUCAUAAACAGCUCAUAUAUAUACUGCCGUUCUUGUUUUUUGUUGUUGUUUGAAAGAAUGUAAAACCUAUUGAAGCCCAUUCCCGCCUCUGAAUAAUAAUAAUAAUUUAAAAAAAAUGUAUUGAA